GUCAUCAGACCCAUACAAUGCCUUCCAUUCUUCAAAUUACAAUUACAUUUCUCGUCAUUCGAUCGCUAAUUUCCUCACUACAAGAAAAGUGCGCAGUCUUGGAGGUCUACCAUCUGAAUGAAAACGCUUUGUCUGUCACGGAGAACGAUUUUGCCAAUGUGACGUUCGGGAUGAACAUUUCCACCUGUAGACAUACAGUUAACACUGCAUACAAAGUAACCUUACAUACCAGAACAAACAGUGGCAGUCUUGAAUAUGAUGGCACGGUAACCUACCUGAGAGACACCUGCACUUCCACACCUGACACAGCAGUUCGCUGCAUCACUCCCACCGGACCUGCGGAGUUGUACAGGAAAGUGAACAGAACUCACGUAGCAGUGGAGUGGAACUGGUUGUGGAAAGACAUCCGGUUUAGUAAUUUUACAGCCAUGCAACAGGAGUUAAAACUAAUCGUUUUUUACCCGCCCAGUGUCACAAGCCUCACUGUCAAUGGACACGAUGUUCAUGGGUACUAUCUCAUUAAUGAGAAUCAGGAGGUGAAUAUUUCCUGCUCUGUUGACAAAGGAAAUCCUCCCGCCAACUUUCGUUUCUUAGACGAACACGGGACAGAAUUAAAAAGCUAUGAAAGCGAUCUUCUCCUUACCCUCACAGCUCAUUGUAAACAAGAAUGGCCGACUGUCAAAUGUGAAGCAAACUCAUCGGAAAAGAAUAGAUCGGUUUCCUUGCUCGUCAGUUGUCCUCCUCAGUUCAUUGAAGAACAUCCACAAGUCACAGCUAGUGCUGAGCAUGAAAUUUGGACAGUGAGAGUCAAGGCUCACACCACACAAAUCGAGAAAUGUCUGGUGAUGCCCUUGUCAUUUGGAGGCAAUAAGAAUAUAGACGUGAACUGCAGUCUGACUGGUAUCCCUCCUCACCUGCUCUUGACUGUCCUCGUUAAUAAGGACGACAGUGCAAAAGGAAAGAACUGGGCAAUAAGUUUUCGAAACGAAAAAGGUUCUUCAGACACUUUAGUCUUCAACAAACAUUUAGGUGAGUAUGGUUCAGUAUCUGAUACAGACUAG